UCCGGUCUGCGGCUCAGUCGGAGCGCCGCUGCUAGAAGCGUUGGGUACGGAGGCCGGGCGCCGGCUCUGCGCGCAGGUGGGCAGACGUCAUGGAUAUAGAUGCUGAAAGAGUCAGAAUAUCGAAGGAGAUCAGGGAGUUGGAAAGGAUUCUGGAUCCCAGCUCUUCGAGUAUCAACGUGGACAUCUCAGAGUCAAGUCUCGACUCGGAUUCUGAUGCAGAUUCGCUGCCCGACGAGGACUCGGACGCUGCUGGUCCACUGCUCUUGGAAGGAGAAAGGUGGGGGGAGGCCAGCAAUGAUGAGGACGACCCCAGGGAGAAGGCACUCCCUGAAGACCCAGAGACCUGCCUGCAGCUGAACAUGGUCUACCAGGAGGUCAUCCGGGAGAAGCUGGCGGAGGUCAGCCUGCUGCUGGCCCAGAACCGGGAGCAGCAGGAGGAAGUCAUGUGUGGACUGGUGGGGUGCAAGGGCCCCAAGGUGAAGGACAGCAGGAACCUGCCCUCGGGUCUGUACGUGGGGCACUUCAUGAAGCCCUACUUCAAGGACAAGGUCACCGGAGUGGGGCCUCCUGCCAACGAAGACACGCGGGAGAGGGCCGCCCAGGGCAUCAAGGCUUUCGAAGAGCUCCUGGUGACCAAGUGGAAGACCUGGGAAAAGGUCCAGCUCAGAAAGGCAGUGGUGAGCGACCGCCUGCAGCGUCUGCUCCAGCCCAAGUUACUCAAGCUCGAGUAUUUGCAGCAGAAACAUAGCAGCAGCGCAAGCGAGGCGGAGAGGCAGAUCCUGGAGAAGCAGAUCAGGGAGGCUGAGAAGGAGGUGCAGGACAUCAAUCAGCUGCCCGAGGAGGCCCUGCUGGGGGACAGGCUGGACGACCAUGACUGGGAGAAGAUCUCCAACAUCAAUUUCGAGGGCAACCGCGGCGCACAGGAGAUCCGCAGGUUCUGGCAGAACUGCGAGCACCCGAGCAUCAACAAGCAGGAGUGGAGCGCGCAGGAGGUCGCCCAGCUGAAGACCAUCGCGGCCGCACACGGCUACCUGGACUGGCAGAAGGUCGCCGCGGAGCUGGGGACCUGCCGCAGCGCCUUCCAGUGCCUGCAGAAGUACCAGCAGCACAGCCCGGCCCUGAAGCGCAGGGAGUGGACGGAGGAGGAGGACCGCGUGCUCACCCGGCUUGUGCAGGAGAUGCGCGUCGGCAGCCACAUCCCCUACCGGAAGAUCGUGUACUACAUGGAGGGCAGGGACUCCAUGCAGCUCAUCUACCGGUGGACCAAGAGCCUAGACCCCAGCCUGAAGAAGGGCCUCUGGGCCCCAGAGGAAGACGCGAAGUUGCUUCGGGCAGUCGCCAAGUACGGGGAGCAGGGUUGGUUUAAAAUCCGGGAAGAGGUGCCAGGUAGGAGCGACGCCCAGUGCCGAGACCGGUAUCUCAGGAGGUUACAUUUUAGCUUGAAAAAGGGACGAUGGAAUUCCAAAGAAGAGGAAAAGCUAAUUGAAUUAAUAGAAAAAUAUGGUGUCGGUCACUGGGCAAAAAUAGCCUCUGAACUACCCCAUCGAACAGGUUCCCAGUGCCUAAGCAAGUGGAAAAUCAUGGUCAGGAAGCAGCAGCGGCGCAGGCGGGGGCGGCGGCCGCCUCGCAGGGUGCAGUGGAGCUCCAGCAGCGGGGACAGCGGCACCACCAGCGGGGACAGCAGCACCGGCAGCGGGGACAGCGAGGACUCGGAGCCAGAGGCAGCCCUGGGGGCCCUGACAGGUGGCCGGGCGCUGCUGCCAGCACAGUAUGUGGUGCCUGACGUGGACCUGUGGGUUCCCGCCCGGCAGAGUGCCAGGGAGCUAUGGGGAGGGGGGGCCGGGAGCUGGCCAGGACCCUGUGAUGCCUGCCCCCGCCCUCCCGAGGGCUCUGACACGGCCCGGGGUGGCCGCUGGGAAGCUUGCACCAUGGCCUCAGCCCCAGCAGAGCCGGCAGGCCAGGCGCGGGCCCCCUCCGGGACCCAGAGCACCAGCCUGAGAGGCGUCAGAUGCCCGUGCUCGACGGAUGCUCGCCCCUUGAGCUCCAUGGGGCCGGCGCGCCAGAAGGAGCUGAGGCAGCCACACGCGCGCAGCACCGCCCCGGGACCCACCCCUGGUAGUGGCGGUGGCAGUGGUGGGGCCAGGCCCUGCAUGCGGCCGCUGUGGCACGGGACCAGGCAGCGGCGCCAGGGACACGCCCUGCGGAGGAGGCUCCUUCAGCACCAGCUUCUGACGGCCGUGAGCCCGUGGGUGGGCGAGGUCAUCCUGCCGCGCACUCCCCGGAGGCCCGCCGUGGCGCACAGUCGAGCGGACGGCAUCAGGAGGCGGCUGCAGGGCGCCCACCUGACCAGCACCCCGGUGUUCACCCUCUUCAUUCAGCUGUUCCAGAUCGACACAGCUGGCUGCAUGGAGGUCGUUCGGGAGAGGAAGGCCCAGCCGCCCACCCUGCUCCAGGCUGGUGCCCGGGGCUCGCCACUCCUGCAGGUACCCUCAAGUGCCCAGAACACCCCAGGCUGCCUCCUCCAGAGCGUGCCGGCCCAAGGAGCUGCGAAGGAGAGCACCCGCCACACAGGGAGCGGAGGGCCGCAGGCCUGCCACGCGGAGUCCACGCCACGGGCACCCCCGCAGGCUCCGUGCGGACCCCGGCCCAAGCCCAAAACUGUGUCUGAGCUGCUUCGGGAGAAGCGGCUGCGGGAGGCCCGAGCCAGGAAGGCUGCCCAGGGCCCUGCGGUCCUCCCGCCCCAGGUGCUGAUCUCCUCGCCUGUGUUCUUCCAGCCGCUGGCCCCCCAAGGCCCCCCAGUCUCCAGUACCAUGCUGUCUGGGCCUGGGGGCCCUGUAGCGGCCGGUUCAAGUGCGUUAGGCUCUUGGGCCUCAGCCAUGGAGGAGAGACCCCUGACGCUGCAAGCCUUUGCCCUCGCUCCGGCCUCCACAGGAGCCUUGAAGGCCCCGGCUGCCCCUGCUGCCUCCAGGGCCCCAGGUCUGGGCCCCGGCCAGGUCCCUGUGAGCUGCCGGCCAAGCAGUCUCGGACAGUCUCAGGCCCCUGCCACGUCCCGGAAGCAGGGCGUGCCCGAAGCACCACCCUUUCUCACUGCAGCCCCUAGCCCUGUUCAGCUGCCUGUCCAGCCCCUCAGCCUGACACCAGCUCUGGGCACACACACGGCAGCCAGCACCCCUCUGCCUGUUACCUGGGUGCUCACAGCCCAGGGGCUGCUCUCAGUGCCCGUGCAGGCGAUGGUGGGCCUUCCGAGGCCCACAGGGACUCCUGACCCCCAAGGGCUAUCGGUGACUCUGCUGCCCUCCCCAACUGCGACUCAGGCAGACCAGGGCCCCAGGCUCCCUGGGCAGGGCCACACCGGGCAGCCCCCAACCAACACGGACACAGAACCAGACCCCGCCUCCAGGACAGAGCUCUUGACCCUUCCGACGCACCCCACAUCCCAGAGCUCUGCGGAGAUGGACGUGGCCCAUGGCCCUGGGGGACUCACCCCUGGAGAGGCCCAAGUGGCUGGGGGGACAUCUGUACCCAGGACCUCCUCCCAGGCUACACCCCUGGCUGACGACUCUGAAGCGGAGCCCCCAGGGACCACCUCAGGGCCAGGGGAGCCCAGGAGGCCUUUGGGCCUGGAGGGGCCACCCCCGCCCUGGCCCAGGCCUGAGAAGAGGGCCCUGGACUUGGGCCUCCUCUCCCAGGAGGGUGAGGCAGCUGUGCGGGAGUGGCUGAGGGGGCAGCGAGGGGCGCGUGUGCCCCCCCUGGGCAGCAGGCUGUCCUACCAGCCCCCCACGCUGUGCAGCCUGCGGGCGCUGUCUGGCCUCCUGCUCCACAAGAAGGCCCUGGAGCGCAGAGCCGCCUCCCUGGGGCCCGGCGGGGCAGCCGGAGCCCUGCAGGCCUCGCUGGGGCGGGUGCGCGCGCAGCUCCGGCACAGCCCGGCCUACCUGCUGCUGCGGGUGCGCUUCCUGGCGGCCUUCGCCCUCCCAGCGCUCCUGGCCACCCUCUCCCCCCGCGGCGUCCCCACCACCCUGUCGGUGGCCAUGAGGUCCAGCCCCGAGAGCGACAGUGACGACAGCACCCCGGGGGAGCCGGAGCUUGUGGACAGGCGGCCGGGGGGCUCGGCCGGCGGUCCGCAGGCGGCCGCCACGCCUGCUCAGGGAACGCCACACCCCGGACAGGCCUCCGUCCCCUCCUGCCCGGACGGUCCUGAUGACCUUGAUGUGCUCCAGACACGGCAUGCCCGGCAUACCCGGAAGCGGAGGAGGCUGGAGUGAGCAGCAGGGACUUCCCAGGGCCGGACAGCCACUGCCGCUGCCGACAGGAGGUGGGGCUUGUGCUGGACCCAGGCGAGCCUGCCCACCCUGGGAGG